UGCGGCAGACGUUCUGCUGUGUCCGAGGGCGCGCGGCUUGGAGGCCGGGGCGGGGUGUAUCUGUGAGAAGUUGGGGUCGCCUGGCUCGGAGUGCGCAGUUAAGGGGUUCCGUGGACCGCUAAGUCAGGUGACUCCUGCCUGGCUUUACCCAGCUUAUUUUGCGUGGUUAGAGGUGGUGAGGAUAGUGCCUUAACCAGACCCGCGUCACGUGGGAAACCAGGUCCACAGCGGACGAGCGCGGCUCGUGGCCUCGGGCAGCGUGCUGCGUGACCAGUGAGCAACCGUGCAUGCUCGUGCAGAGUCACAUACCUGAAUGGCAUGUUUCUUCUGCAAGGUUGUGGCUGUUGGUCAGGGCCUUGGCUCCAGCUCCCACUAUGUGGACCGCUGAUGAGAUUGCUCAGCUGUGCUAUGAGCAUUAUGCAAUCAGGCUGCCCAAGAAGGGGAAGCCUGAGCCAAACCGCCAGUGGACCUUGUUGGCAGCUGUGGUAAAGAUACAGUUUUCUGACCAGGCUUGUGACAUCCCUGAUAAGCCAGUACAAGUGACAAAAGAAGUUGUCUCAAUGGGAACAGGAACGAAAUGCAUAGGCCAGUCCAAAAUGAGGAAGAGUGGAGACAUCCUCAAUGAUAGCCAUGCCGAAGUCAUAGCCAGAAGGAGUUUCCAAAGAUACCUUACCCAUCAGCUCCACUUGGCAGCCACCCUGAAAGAGGAUAGUAUCUUUGUCCCAGGCUCUCAAAGAGGACUAUGGAAACUCAGACCAGACUUCUCUUUUGUUUUCUUCUCCAGCCACACACCCUGUGGGGAUGCCUCCAUCAUUCCAAUGCUUGAGUUUGAAGAACAGCCUUGCUGUCCUGUUAGCAACAACUCAUCUGUUGAAGCCACUGGUAACCUGGAAGUUCUUAAAAAUAAAAGGAAUUGUGGAGACCUUCACAGUCCUCUAGCCAAAAAGAUGAGGCUUGGAACUCCUGCCAGAUUGGUCACCAAUGGUAUAGGUCACCAUGGCAAGCAGGAAAGUGUCCCAGUCACACCAGAUGUAAACAGCUCUAAUCUCACUGGAGAGAGACUGGCCACUGUCACUGGAAUAUCUCCCCAUGAUGUCAAAGUGGUGGACAUUUAUAGAACUGGAGCCAAGUGUGUGCCUGGAGAAGCUGGGGACUCAAGGAAGCCAGGUGCUGCAUAUCACCAGGUGGGGCUGCUGCGAGUGAAGCCGGGACGGGGAGACAGGACUUGUUCCAUGUCCUGCAGUGACAAGGUGGCCCGAUGGAAUGUCCUUGGAUGCCAGGGUGCACUGUUGAUGCACUUCCUAGAAGAGCCUAUCUACUUAUCAGCUGUGGUCAUUGGGAAGUGCCCAUACAGCCAGGAAGUCAUGCAGAGAGCACUGAUUGAGAGGUGUCAGAAAGUUUCAGCUUUACCCAAAGGCUUCAGAGUUGAAGAACUGAAAAUACAGCAGUCAAAUUUACAAUUUGAACAGAGCCGCUGUGCAGUACAGGCGAAAAGGGGUGACAGUCCUGGCCGACUUGUUCCUUGUGGGCAGGCUAUCAGCUGGAGUGCAGUUCCUGAGCACCCUUUGGAUGUUACUGCCAAUGGCUUUCCACAGGGAACAACAAAGAAAGGAAUUGGAAGCCUUCAGGCCAGAUCCCAAAUCAGCAAAAUGGAACUCUUUAGAUCAUUCCAGAAGCUUCUAAGCAGAAUUGCAGAGGACAAGUGGCCAGACUCCCUCAGGGUGCAGAAGCUGGACACCUACCACGAGUAUAAGGAGGCUGCAUCUGCUUAUCAGGAAGCCUGGAGCACACUCCGGGAGCAGGCAUUUGGAUCCUGGAUCAGAAAUCCAUCGGACUAUCACCAGUUUAAAUGAGAAGGAAAAGUUUUCAGAGGCUUGCUGAUAGCAGGACCCUUCAUAUUCAACUAUUCUUCCUUCAUGCUGGACAAGCCUGAGAUCUACUGGUGGCUGAAUCAGGAAAAAGAAAAGGGGGUGGGGGAGACAGGGAACGCUUCUUCCAGAGUGCUGUGUCUUUUGUGUAACGUGGAUGGAAUCCAGAGCACAGCAAUCUAUACUUGAUUGACAUGGCUCUCUGCUAAAACGGCAUCUCACUAAUGACCUUGGUAGUUGACUUCAGUUGUGUUUUAUUGCUUCUCUAAGAUACAAAAUUAGGGUUUGGAACAUGAUGCUUUAAAAGUACUCUGCAGCAGCUCUGCUUUAUGUGUUUCUACAUUGAUUCAGCAAGUAUUUAUUAGGCUUGAAAUGACGUUUGAAUCUCUGCAAGCUUUACAGCUUUGCCUGGUACAGUGAACAUGUAUUUCAUAUUCUGCCUUUUAGGGAACUAUCAUUUUCCCAGUGUUCAGCAGUCAUACUUGGUUAAAGGUAAUUUUAUUUUGUAGCUCAGGAAUAAGGCUGUGAGCCAGCCAUAGACAACCCUGUUUUCAGAACUAUCAAGAAAGAUUCUCUUCUGAUUCUUUUGUUUUGUGAGACAGGGUCUCACCUUAUAGCUCAGGCUGACUGAUCUUGAACUC